AUGUUCCACGGAAAGGGAUCGGCAGCAAGUGGUUCCCCCGCACGCUUGCAGCCAGCCGGGUCAUGCCCCGACACCAGCCCGGCCCGCCAAAGACUUAAAACUCCCGCCCCACGCUUUCUUGCACAGUCGCACGAGCGUCCCAUAUCUAUCUAUAUUUCUCGCCUACCCCCCCCCUCCCGCCUCCCCCUCCGCCGUCACGUCCUCCCUCGCCACCCCCCUCUUCGUUCCCCCCUCCUCCUCUUCGUUCCCUUCUCCUCCUCCUUCGCGACACCCCCCUCUAUAUCGUUCUCAUCUCCUCAUCCACCCACGACCCGCAUUCACGUCCCUGCGCCCAUAGACUUAAUUCCCUUCCGGACAUCCUUGGUGUCUCGCAUUUCCAUUCCACGCGACGGCGAACUUGACAGUCCGUACUCCCUGUCUCCCUCGCCGGAAACCUCCUUAAUUACCUUUUCUCCGCUUCGGCGCCUUUCCCCCGCCACCAUGGGCAACAAGCGCCCGGCAUCCGAAGCCAUUCGACCCUCCACCCCGAAGUCUGCCGCCAAGCGUCAAAGAGCCUUGUCUGGUCUCCCACGUCUUGUGACGCCGCCCCGCCCCGCCACGCCCGCCCGUCCCCCUCGCAUUCCCCGUUUCUCCCCCGAUCCCAUUACAACCACCGCCGACAGAAGGCUCGUUCAGGAAUUCCACAUGCUCUCCACUCCCCAGCUCGUCGCCCUUGUCAAGGAUGUCGAAGCACGGUUUAGAAAACUCGCCCAGUUUGAGGCAAACGAGAUUCGAAGGGCGCAAGCUUUGGGCUUUGCGGAGAAGAACUCCCCGCUUGUCGUUCGCAGACAGCAUGUCGCUUGGUGAGCCGAACCAGCAAACUGCAUGGAUUACGUCACAGAAGCUGGCGUAAUUGACAACUAGAUUAGUUACUGGAAAGCGACGGCUGGUGCAACUACUAGCGGGAUCGCCAUCACUGCAAAAGAUUCGGAAUUCGCGCUUCAGCGAACAGAGCAAGUUGAUCGGGUUGAGAUUCAAUAGUGAAGUCGACCCAGGAGGCAAACGGCUGCUGAAAGCGCUUACGAGUCGCGAUAAGGCUCACGUUUACCGUCGGGCAUAUCCUACCCACAUGUGCGUGUAGGCACGACAACUGGGGCGAUGUAGCUUCUUGAAGGUUGCAGUGAUUGCCAGUUCGUGGAAGGAAGAGAGCCGUUUGAUACCGCAUUUGACAAUGGCUCUCUUGUUGUGAUUCUUUUCGAUGGAUAUAACUCUAAUUGCAACAGAAUAAAGUUGCAUUUGAUGUGUUAUUGAUAUCUUUGUAAUUUUGCGCAAGCGACGAUAGCUUCUAGGUGCAGAGUAGUCUUUAGAAUCAGAGAACCGCUAAAGCCGUUGAUGUGCUGAGA